AUGGCGCCUCAGGACUCCUUCAUCGAGGAAGAUGAAGAUGUCUGCCCUCUUUGCAUCGAAGAGUUCGACUUGUCCGACCGUAACUUUCGACCUUGCCCCUGUGGCUACCAGAAUAACAUGAAUGGUCUGUGUCCGGCAUGUCGACGGCCCUAUGACGAGAAGACUAUUCAGUGGAAGGUCGUGACACAAGAAGAGGUUGCCGAGUUCCGUGCGAAUAUCCAGAAGAACCAGCGGAAACGAGCUCAAGAACAACGUCAAAAAGAGGUUCAGAAACGUGAAGCCGAGAAGGAGAAUCGCAAAAAUCUGAUUGGAGUCAGAGUUGUGCAGAAAAAUCUUGUCUACAUUACAGGUCUAGCGCCCACGGUCCGCGAAGAUGAACUUCUCAAGACGUUGAGGAAGCCUGAAUUCUUCGGGCAGUACGGAGUGAUUCAGAAGAUUUCGAUUAGUAAUCGAAAGAGCUCAGAUGGCCAGCAUCAUUCACUGGGCAUCUAUGUCACUUUUGAAAAGCCCGAAGAGGCGACAAGGUGCAUCCAAGCUGUCCAUGGUUCGCAGAAUGGGGACAGGAUCCUGAAAGCUCAGUAUGGAACUACCAAGUAUUGCUCUGCAUGGCUCAAGAACGAGAAAUGCAACAACCCGGGCUGCAUGUUCCUACACGAGCAGGGCGAUGAGGAAGAUAGCUAUACUCGUCAAGACCUGUCAUCCAUGAACAGCAUCCAUACGCAAAGGCCUUUGCCCGCUGGCAACAGCACCUCUUACCGAACAACGCCCCGGCAGCAAACAUCGCAGCCGACCUUGACGCCCAUUUCGCAAUCAAUGGCGCGUACAUCAAGCAAAGAGGGCUCAGACUACGGACCCGACGGCUCUGCUCUACCUUCCUCGGCAAACUGGGCACGAAAUCCUCAACGCAGCCGGAGAGGAAGCCAUGCCACGAGUGGCGCUCCAUCCAGCCCUGCUAUCUCGGCUUCUUUGCCUACCACGACCGAAGUUGCCCGGGAAGCUGUGGGGGCUGCAGGGUCCCCCCCUCCUGCUCAGCAAGUGGAAGAAGACAAAAUGUCAAGUCAAGAUACUCUUGAACCACCGCAGCCCCAACCGUCAAAGAGCCCCCUGGCGAACAUUUUGCGGGCGUUGCAGAACUGCACGUUGUCGAACUUAGUUGCCCCGCAAGUCAAUGAACUGGGGCCUCCUUUAUUCGACAUUCGAGGCGGGAUUAAGCGAAAGGAAAUGCGCGAAGAAGACGACGCACGAAUCAGCGGGGACCAGAAGAACGCGACUGAAGGAUUGGUCCAGAUGGAAGGUGAAGUAGAGACGGGCGGCAGCCUUGCUCUUGGCGGAGAACCUGAAGAACGCGAAGUCAUUGGCGAUGGACAAGCAUUUGAGCAUCGCCAUAUCAACACUUUUCCUCCCAUCCAGAGAAGCAAUGCCGACAAUCUCUUUGGUCCUGCACUCAAUGGUCCUUUCAACCCAGGUACAAGCCAGAUGGGUCGGGGAAUUACGCCCCAGCAUCUGAUGUCACUACGCCCUCAAUCUGGGUUUAGCGAGCAGGUCCCUUCAAGCCUUGCUGGCCAGGCUGCCUUUCAAAACCAGGGCCACAAUCGUCAGUCAUCUCGAUUCAACUUCAUGGCUGACAGUCCGCCAACAUCGACCAAUCUCAAAUUUGCCACGAAUCCAAGGAUCAUGGGCCAGCAAUCAUCCAUGAUUCCUAGUUCUUUACAGUCCUCAGGUAACGGCCACUUCUUUGGAAGCUCCAUGCCAGCGCCACCGCCUGGACUUAAGUCUACCAACACGCCACCAAAUCUCUUUGGUCAGGGAUUUGGUGGUUCCGGAUUUGGCACUGCCGCGAAGGACUCAUCUGGCGAUUUAUUGCAGAGUUUAAUUAGCAGGAGCCGAGGCAGUGGCAAUCAGCCUCAUGAUGGUGGAAAGCCUCCUACUUCUGGCCUUUUGGCAUCGCUCUACGGUCACCACACCGGAGCAUUCCAAGACUUUGGCUCGAAGCAGAAGAAGAAGGGGAAGAAGCAUAGACAUGCUAACACUUCCUCCUCGGGGGGGAGUGGUCUAGUGGAUCUUGCGGACCCGAGUAUACUGCAGGCGAGGAUGCAGCACCAAACGCAAAGCAACACCGGAGUCAAUCAAGGAGUCUUUAGCGGUCAGAGCCAAGGUGGGUAUGUCCCGAACAUGAUGUAUAAUUCCACUGUUAUCGUUUGCACAUUGCUGAUGUGUUUCUUAGACCAUGAUCUCCAGUUGCCGGAAGAUGCCCAACUAUCCGUGGAUGCGCUUGUCUCAGAUGACCCGUUACCAGCCCUGGCGUCACCUCACGUUAGUGAGGCGGACUCUCAUCGUGUGGCUUCUCACCCGGGUAGCGCCGAUACGCUUCAUCAUUCGAAUCAAGACACAUCGACUCAGACUCAGCCACAGCGCGCGAAUGCGAUGCCGGCCACGCCUCCUAUCUUGUCCCCCAGCCCUCCUUACAAUCUAGCAUCAACCCUCCAGAGGUCCUCUAAACCGACUCUUAUCGACAAAGAGGUUGACAUCCGUGCGACGGCCCCCACAGCAAAGGAAUCCUCAGCACCUCCGCCCUCCUCGACAAAAGGCAGUAUUCUUCAGGAAAAGGACUUCCCUGCUCUAGGCGCGCCAAGGACGAACGAAACAAUGGGCGCCAGCAUCAGCUUGGGUGCUUCUAAAACAGUUGCGUUGAAGAGCAUACCAUUAGCCAGGAGACAAGAGGGCGGAACCCCCGAGGGCCAGGACGAGGAUACUGGAUUUCUCGCCAAGGUGCCUGAACCUCACUUGACAAUGGACAGUGACGCCAAAUCUACGGAACAGGCAGCAGGCUCGCUUGCCGGUACCAGUUCCAUCCAUCGGCCGGUUGACGGUAUCGUCAAGCCAGAUGUAUCCGUGGAUUCCGCCAGGUUUCCACCCUUGCCUCCUCCAACGAGUGGCAGUGGCAUGCCUACAGCCUCGCGAGCUAUACCGAAGACGUUGAGAGUGGUUCCUUCAUCAAUCAAGGCAGAGACUCGCUCUGCUUCACCAUCGCCUGCUCCAGUAUCUAGUCCUGCAGCUGGAAAGCUGGUCCAGUCACAGCGGCCUGGCACACCAGCCAGCGAGAUGAUUAGCGACACAGCCUCUGUUACAUCGUUUUCGGUCUCUGUAUCUCGAGCUGGAUCUCCUCCCUUGAGCAGAGUGGGCACUGCUCCGAUACGGGGGACUACCAAGAGCCAGCAGCGCAAGCAGCGCAAGGAUGUCUUGAAGCAAGAGACCAAGAUCAUAGCUGAAGCACCCAAGAUGGACACUGCAGAGCAUGCCCCCGUUAUUGGACGGAAGAAGAAACAGAAGAAGGAAAAGCCUCAGCGGGAGACCACUCCCUCGUCUGCAGCGGCCACUCCCUCUGAAACACCAAAGGCGGAAGCGGCAAUUCUCUCCAAAGUUGAAGGGAAGCAGGUGGCUGUGGAUCAUGAUGGGGGCUCGAAGACGGAUAGCACGGCGAAUUCGCCUAAGGAAAAGCCGGAUGCUCGAAAGAACGCGACGAAAGAGGCAACGCAGGCACCUGCCCCGUCAUCGCCCACACCUCCGUUGCCCCAAGCGGCCGAGUCAGCGGACAAGUCUCCUGAAAGGCCGCAGUCGAGCCCCGCGUCUGUCUUUGCCGAUAUCAAGGAUUCGCUCUGCACUGCUGCGCCAGAGAAACUGCAGCUGCUGAAGCCCGUUUCCAGCAAUUCAUCCCGGCCAGAGCACAAUCCGCUGAACCCAUCAGGCAAACGAGAAGACUGCAAGGAGAGCUCUUGCAGAUGUGGUGAAAUGCAAGAUGCUGAUCUUGCGGCGCUGCGUGCCGGAAGGCCUGUGCGCAAACAGUUCCAUACUGACGGCAGCCGCAUGCUCAUCACCCCCCACGGGGACUGCAUUCGCGGGCUCACGCCAGAAGAAGAGGACACGUUCCUGGCCCUGCAAGCCGCCAUUGCUGCGACGGCGGAGAAUCCUGCUGCAUUCGUGGCACCGAGACACCAGCCGAGUAGCGGCGCUUUUUCACUCAUUAAGGGUCGAGCUGUUCCCAACGGGCGGCCGAACAUCUUCCCUUCUACCAUGCAGCCUCAAACGCAGGAUCCGAUCGGCAAGCUCCAAAGGGAGGAUGCCCUAAGCUACAUCAACCAAUAUGUGUUGCCGAGGCUGAGUCUUGGGGCUACAAGUAUGGGUUUCCCGAAGGGAGCUUCUUCUACUCGUGACUCAGCGAGCCUCAACUCUCUGGCGCCCUACUUCUACGGCCCUGAUGCUGCCGCUGGUGUAGGCAUUUACAGCUCGCCAGAAAGCGCUCGGGCCAUACAAGACUUUGCCGCUCCGGGCAUGUCGCUGGACGAGAUUGGUAAAGGAGCGGCAGCCAGUUCGAUUGGCAACAUGCCGCUGAUGAGCGUUGAAGAUGCCGAAGCAGCUCUGACAGCCGCCAAGAAAGAGACCGAGAAACUCGAAAAGGGUCUGAACAUGGUUAUCAAGCGGAAUCGCAGGCUCUUGCUCGGGGCUUGA